UACGAGACAAGCUCACGAGACUCACAAAAUGAAGCGACGGAGGGAAUAUUGCUGUUAGCGGAGGGCCUUUAGAAGGGUUUGCGGGCGCGGGAUCGCAGCGAGAGGCGCAGACUUGGCAGCAGUUGAGGACUUUGAUCGGUUGAGCGCGAUGAUAAAGCUCAAGUCCAGCCAGACGCGCACUUACGACAGAGACGGCUACAAGCAGCGCGCGGCCUGCCUGUGCUUCCGCAGCGAGCGCGAGGAGGAGGUGCUGCUGGUGAGCAGCAGAAGUCAUUCGGACAGAUGGAUCGUUCCUGGAGGAGGGAUGGAGCCCGAGGAGGAGCCCAGUGCUGCUGCUGUCAGGGAGGUGUGCGAGGAGGCAGGAGUCAAAGGUACAUUAGGACGAUUGGUAGGCGUUUUUGAGAACAGAGACAGGAAGCAUAGAACUUAUGUCUAUGUUCUCAUCGUCACUGAAGUUCUGGAGGACUGGGAGGAUUCAGUAAAUAUUGGUAGGAAGAGGGAGUGGUUUAAGACAGAAGAUGCCCGGCGUGUGCUGCAGUGUCACAAACCUGUGCAAGCAUCUUACUUCGAAGCCCUUCAGCAGGACUGUAUGACCAGCAACGGCACGCCUCUGGUGGCCACUUACAACAUUAAUCAAAACUCUCUUUCCAGCAUCAGAUAACCACCACAACAAGCACAGAAGCCUCGGCGAAAUUCUCCAGCAUUUCCCACCUUUUCCUACCUGACUGAAAUCCUACUGCAGCUACUAUCACGUCUUUUUUAUUUCAGCGCGCU